GAGAACCAUCUCAAGUGCAGGCCUUGGAACUGAGCUGCGGCUCUGGAACUGGACAAGUGACAUUGAACCCCCGUGAGAUGUUGGAGCUGAGCUGCAGUCUCCGUUCCUUUCCACCCAGUGAGCAGUUUUUCAACAUCACGUGGAGGAAGAACGGGCAUCCAUUGGGAGAAGAAGACAACCUCCGUGUCCUCCCCAACGGUUCUUUGUUGAUCACGUCAUCUGAGGGAGCUUUGAGAGGGGGCAACCACUCAGGAGGACCCAGCGUGGAAGGAAAUUACUCUUGCACGUCUCAUGGCUCAUUUGGAUCAGUCACUGGCCAAACACUGGUGCUCCGAGAAUCAACCUUGUCUCCAUUUUUCCAACAUCCAGAAUCGCAAUCUGUGGAAGAAAAUGGCAUGGCCCGUUUUGAGUGUCGGAUCAAAGGUUUGCCCGCUCCGGUCAUCACGUGGCAGAAGGACAAGGUGGCUCUGCCUUCUGAACCAAGGUUCAUUGUUCUCCCAAAUGGCGUUCUUCAGGUCACUGAUGUCAAGGAGAGCGACGCUGGCGUCUACCGUUGCGUGGCGACCAACGGAGCAGGAAGACGCUACAGCCUUGGUGCUCUUCUCACUCUUUUGAAAGGUCACCAACAACCAACGAUGGGGGAUGUGGUCAUUGUCACUGCACCGGAGAAUGCCACAGUGGUGGUUGGAGAGACUGUUGUAAUGGAGUGUGUAGCAUCGGCUAAUCCCACGCCAUUCGUCUCUUGGAUACGGGAGGAUGGGAAUCCGAUUUCUACGGAUGUGAUUGUGUUAGGACGGACCAAUCUUGUGAUCCUUUCUGUUCAGCUUCAUCACAUAGGAGUUUACGUGUGCCGCGCCAACAAACCUCAAACCAGAGAAUUUGUAACAGCUGCAGCUGAGCUCCAAGUCCUUGCUCCCCCUACAAUCUCCCAGGCACCUGAAAUCAUUUCUCGCACCCGGGCCAGUACCGCCCGAUUUGUCUGCAAAGCGGAAGGAGAGCCACUGCCCAUCAUUCACUGGACGAGGAACGGGAAGCCACUUCUGCCUAAAGGACGAGUGAAGAUCCAGGGCACUGGUACCCUAGUGAUCAACCAGAUUGGCCUGGAUGAUGCGGGCUAUUACCAAUGCGUGGCUGAAAACCACCUUGGCAUGGCCUGUGCUACAGCCAGGCUAGAGGUGAUUGUGCGGGAAGGACUGCCCAGCGCUCCAAAGAGGGUAUCAGCUAGUUCUCUCUCCAGCACCACCGUCUUGGUGUCCUGGGAACGGCCAGAGUUCAACAGUGAGCAGAUUAUUGGAUUCUCUCUUCAUUACCAAAAAGCCAUGGGCACUGACAACAUGGAAUACCAGUUUGCGGUGAAUAACGACACAACUGAGUUUCCGGUGAAAGACUUGGAGCCCAACACCAACUAUAUCUUCUAUGUGGUGGCCUACUCCCAGCUUGGAGCUAGCCGGACCUCCUCAUCCAUAAACGUUCAGACCCUGGAGGAUGUUCCCGGUGCAGCGCCUCAGCUUUCCCUUUCCAGUACAACACCGACCGACAUGAAGGUGACGUGGCUGCCUCUCCCUUCAGAACUGAGCAAUGGAAGGAUCAUGAAGUACAAAAUUGAUUAUGCUUCUCUCAAGGAAGACCUGAUUUCUUCAACUGAGCUCAGUGGAAAUGAGACACAGCUGAUGAUUUAUGGAUUACAGCCUGGUAAAGUCUACAAAGUUCGGAUUGCAGCAAGCACCGGGGUGGGUUAUGGAGCUCCGUCAGAAUGGACUCAGCACCGCACUCCGGAUUGGGACAACCAAACCCAUGUUCCCUUUGCCCCAACUGAGUUAAUGGUCCAAGCCAAAAUGGACUCACUCUUGGUAAGUUGGCAGCCUCCAGCCAACCAUGGCCAGAUUUCAGGCUACAAGCUGUAUUACCGAGAAAUAGCCACCGAGGAGGAGUCAGGCAUGGAGAUCCCUUCAGAAGGCACAGGCAAUAGUCUUUGGGAUGUCGGACCCAUAAAACUGAAGAAGAAAGUGAAGCAACAUGAACUGACACAAUUAGUCCCUGGGCAGCUGUACGAAGUCAAGCUGGUGGCUUUCAACAAGCAUGAAGAUGGCUCUGCAGCUGUGUGGAAAGGCAGGACAGAGCGAGCACCUGUAACAGCAGCCGACCUUCCGGUGCAGAAAGGUCCCCUACCACCUCCUGGGCAUGUCCAUGUUAAUUCCAAUAGUUCCACAUCAAUUUGGCUGCGGUGGAAGAAACCCGACUUCACCACCAUGAAGAUUGUCAACUACACAGUCCGAUUCAGCCCCUGGGGGAUGAAGAACUCCUCUCUUGUAACGUACUACACAAGUGCUAAGGAGGAUGUUCUUAUCAGUGGGCUGAAACCGUUCACAAGAUACAAGUUUGCAGUACAGUCCAACGGGGUUGGGAUGGACAGUCCGUUUGGAGACGUGGUGGAGUGUUUCACCCUCCCAGACAGGCCCUCGACUCCCCCCUCUGAUCUGCGGUUACACCCCAUCAACCCGUAUGCAGUCCAGCUUCAUUGGUGUCCCCCCUCGGAACCGAAUGGCAUCAUUGUGGAAUAUGUCAUCCUGUACAAUGCCAAUUGCACCCAGCCAGACGAGAUGUGGACUCUGUUGACCAAAGAGGGUAACACCUUCAGCACUGAAGUUCACGGCUUGGAGAGCGACACCAGAUAUUUCUUCAAGAUGGGAGCCAAGACGGUUGUAGGGUCGGGGCCAUAUUCCGGGGUGAAAGAUGUGCAAACCUUGCGGGAGGGACUUACAGAUAUCUUAGUUCAUUCUGUCACGGGGAUCACAGUCGUGAUCUGCCUCUUCUGCAUCGUCUUCUGUGUGUGUGCCAGCUUUCGAAACAAUAAACUGAAGAAAUCUGUGCCUGGUUUGGAUUCCCAAGCUUCAGGAAGCCAUAUGUACCACCACCGGAGCCGGCAGGCAGCACCCCUCUCAGUAAUCCCAUCAAAUUCUCACGAAAUGGAGUCCCUCAUGGCUCCCCUCUCUGACGGCGCUCCCUCACCUCCAAGUGACAGUGCAGAGCUGACCGAAGCUCAUGGCCUCAUCCGUGACAGUCCUCUGGAGGACAGUGUGGGCCACAUCCAAAGAAAGCCUCCAUGGGAGAAAUCUCUGAACAGCUGGACAAGUGGCAUCACUGGCUAUGGAGUCUCUAUUCCAAAAGAGCCCACCAUGACUUUGAAUGGAUCCUUGAAGAUGACUUCCAAUGGGGGACAAAAACUCUUGUUGCAAGCUCUGGUUUAUGAGGUUGUUACGAAUGAAGUGAAAAAGGAGCACCGGCCCAGUAGCCUCAACCAACUGGAAGCUGAGGUCAUUGUCCAUUCGGAUUUCUUAGCCUCCAACCGGGAUCUUGGUUCCCAACUCCGUAUGCUGGACCUGGAGGGGACUCUCUGUGAGGACUGUGACCCAGAACCAUUCCCCAAAGAGGACCUGCCUGAACAGAUUUCUUCCAACUCCUCUAAGCAGGAUCUCAGUGUUAUAUCCCAGGACCGAGAUGACAAGAGUGAACCUGAAGCACCUGAUACAUUGCUAAAGACCGAGAAGGGGGCUCACCAGAGGGCUUCCAAAUUACAUGGAACUGAUGCAGGGCUCCCCCAGCCUGGUGGAAGCUUGGACGCAGUGGGAAACUUCAGCUCCUCCACUGAGUUGGCAUUCACCAUAGAGCCCAGCGACCAGAUUGCUGUGCAGGAGCAGCCCCUGGUGUUGGAUUGCCAAGUGGAAGGAAUUCAACCCAUCAGCAUCACGUGGCGGAAGAACGGGCUGUUGGUGGCAGAGGGCGAGGACCCCUUGACGUUGGCCAAUGGCUCCCUCUACUUCUCCCACUUCCAGAAGCUGAAGGGUGAUGGCACUUCCGACGAAGGGGAAUAUGGUUGCAUGGCUCGGAAUCGCUUUGGUUUGCUGGUGAGCAGGAAAGCCAGGAUUCAAGCAGCAA